AUGUUUUAUUGAUUCUACUUAAAAGAGCUUUGUGACAUUGGGGAGAAAGAAUAUCAACAAUUCCAUUUUUUUAAAAUAAAGCAUCUCAUUUAAUGUAAUAGUAGUAAAAAUUAAUAUUAUAGAGGAUACAUAUUUUAUUUUAGGCGGAAAGAGUUGAUGGAUAUUUGCACACUCUAUCUUUAAAAAGUGAUACACCAAGGCCUCAUUUGGCCUGUUUUGGUACCUGGAUUUUGUAUCAUACAUUACGUGUGAUGGUCAUGUAUCUGUUAAGUGGCUUUGAACUUGAAUUAUAUUCAGUGCAUGAAUACCAUUAUAUUUUUUGGUAUCUAUACGAGUUUUUGUAUGGUUGGCUCGUAUCUGCGAUUACACGAGCUGAUACAUUUUUAAUGGAACAAGACGUACACAAUGAUACUCAUAAAGGUAGAAGCAAAAAGAGUUCCAAAAAUAAGAAGAAAAAAUCGACGCCGAGACCAUACAAUAUGGAAAUAUUGAUGUAUCAGGCAUUGCAAAAUAUAUGUGGUGGAUAUUAUAAAGCUCUAGUCGGUUUCCGAAUGGAUGAAAAAAUACCACUUCCAGAGAUACAGUUUGAUUCUGAACGAGUGAGAUAUGAACAUCGAUUAUUACCGUUCUCAUCUUUGUUAACUCCACCACCCGUUCAUUAUCAAGAAUUUUUAGAUAUGACGAACGCUCAAAUGCAUAAGAGAAAUGAAAAAGUUACCAGUGAAAUGCAAUAUAUUGCCGGUUGCCGACAUUUUCAUCAAGCUAGAAAUAUGUUAGAACGUGCGUUAUUGCUUUAUCAAGCAAAUAGUUUAAUGGAAAAUGAAAUCAACACUUUAUUAAAAAUUGCAAAGACGAAUUUUGUAGUGCUGAAAUUGUUGGCUGAUGGACAUAAAAAAGACUCGAAGGAACCACCAGUCUUUGACUUUUCUUGUCAUCGGCAUUUUCCUCUGAUUAAAAUAACUUAAAUAAAUUGUAAUUAAAUAAAUUACAUAUCUCUAUCACAAUAUUUUCAUGAUAUAAAGGACAUGCUAUUUAUUUUAGUUUCACUAAAAACGCAAAUAUAAAUUUAAUUUGAUUUUGUUUUAUUUUAAAUAUUUUUAACUGAUCUCUUUGUUUCAUGUAUUUCCUUUCAUUGUUUGAAAAUAAUUGUAAAUCUUAAAAUCAAUUGUAAAUCUGAAACACAUUUGGUGCUAUUUUUAUGUAACUUUGGAAGGAAAUAAUAUUUGUACAUAAAUUUUUGUUUUCUAUAAAAUUAUACUUAUUUUCAAACUAAAAAAAAUAUGAUGAAUUUAUGAAUAAAUGUAUUAGUCUUAAGAAUUGCAAAUUGAUGUGAGUUGUAAAUAUGUUCCGCAGCAUAAAAAGUGAUAAAACUCUUAAAUAUAGAUACGAUUUUCUCGCA